GAAGCCAAAAACGGAUUGAAGCACACCGCAAAAUACAAAAUGGCUAGCCAACAGGAAGGUGGACCACAUUCAGUGAGAAAGGAAUUGACGUUGCACCCAUCCGUAUUAAAAGCAAUUAUCAAGGAGUCCGUGCAAGUAUUGCUUUCAGAGACACGCAAAUGGAGUGAAGAUCGUCUAGAUACAGCAGAGACCGUGAUAGGCAUAACACUAGGAUAUCCAGAAGUAGGCGAAGAGUUUCAUUCAGCGUACUCAGCAAUACUCGCCGAUAUGAAUAUUGAUAUCCAGGCAGCUCUAAUAAGUGAUUCCGGCCUGAGUAAUACCAAGUGGGAACGCGGGAAGUUGGCACAAUAUAUCUGCGGUAUUCUUGGGUCGAGACAACAGGAGACUGCCACCUCAUAUUAUGGAACCACCAACCUUCUGGAUAUCAUUCAAAAACAAUUACAUGACGAAAAGGAAUAUUUCUGCAAAAAUAGGUUUGCCUUAGCAUGGGUAGCCAUCGCUAUGCACAAAAAUAGCAUGGACUUUGAACAGCAGUUUGAAGAUAUCCUAACAGCACAUCAAGGGACCUAUAAAUAUGGAAUAGACGAGGCUGCAAUGAUUACCAUGGCAUGUACAUGCCUCAACACAGCGACAUCCUUACCUGCCGCUCAUGUUGCCGCUGAAACCAUUGCAAAGGAGAUUCAGAAAGAAAACAAUACUCUGAAUGAGUACUCUCUCGGCCUAGCCGCACAGGCAUUGGUCUCAACAAAAAACAAAGCCUAUGUGGACCAGAUUGCAAGAGCGAAAAUGGGUAUUGUUAGCAAGAUCGAGAUUCCAAACAUCAUGAAGAAUGGAUUAGCAGCUUCCCAAAUCUUGCCUGCCCUUUCAGAUAAGUGUUUCCUCGAUAUUGGAAUUAUAGAUGAUCCCAAAAUACCUACAGAGAAAGCAGCCAAGAUGAUCGAAAUCGAAAUCACAGUAGAGACUCCUUUCGGACCCAGAAGAAACUGGCGGAUGUCAGUACCAGAACAACCCACUCUCCUACAUGCAAUGGAAGUCCUUCAAGCUCGAGCGCCAUCUGAAUUUAGCUUUCAAACUACCACAACUAGUUUGGAACCCAUGGUUUCAAAGAUUAAUGGUAUGCCGGGAAAUCAAACCAACAUGUACUGGAGGAUUCUGCUGGCACCCGAUACACCUCUCAGUAAAGGAGUUGCAGAAACCUACCCUCGAAACGGCGAACGCUACAUCUUCCAGCUCACCGACUCCGGAACUCAUUAGGCCACCAAUCACUCAUGACUAGAUAUAAUGCCAACUCAUCUUGAACAUAUUCUAAUAAAUCUAAUAAGCUGCUUACUAUAAAACUAUCCAAUUCGUUUAUUUUACAAGUUUGUAAGCUUAUAUAACAUUUUUAUCACAGAAAUAUAAGUUAUCAAUUUAAUAACUGGUUAUAUCACUUUCAGCUCUAGUGAUUAUAAAAAUCUUGAUAUUAGUUAUAUCAUUAUUGUUAUGACAUAAGUUUUGUCUUGUCCAAUCAGAAUAUCAUUUUCUAUUCACAGCAUUAAAAAUUCGACGAUUUUCAGUUCAAAACCGAAUGAAGCGAAUGUAGAAUAAGUGUUUAUUUUUGUCCAUUCGCAAUCUAAAUUCCAUAUUAUAUUUCAAUAACACGUUCAUUUGAGUAAUGCAAUAAAAUUUGAUCAGGUAAGAACAGAAAACGAUUAAACUGUGUUGAGUAGCACAUUCAAAAUUGCGCUGUCUUGUUGUCAACCGUAACAUCAUCAUGAAAUUUUAUUCUAGUAUUCCUCACGUUUUUUUCGACACAUAGAUUUUUCUCUCU